AUGGUCAAAUGGCCUGAAUAUGUUCGAAUUCAACGUCAAAAGAAGAUCUUGAACCUUCGCUUGAAGGUCCCACCGGCAAUUGCUCAGUUUCAAAAUGUCCUCGACAAGAACACUGCAACGCAGUCAUUCAAGCUUCUGAGCAAAUACAGACCAGAAACGAAGGCUGAGCGCAAGGAGCGCCUUACUACGGAGGCCACUGCCAUUAGUGAGGGGAAGAAGAAGGAGGAUGUUAGCAAGAAGCCGUAUACAGUCAAAUAUGGAUUAAAUCACGUCGUUGGAUUGAUUGAGAACAAAAAGGCCUCCCUCGUGCUGAUCGCGAAUGAUGUCGACCCGAUUGAACUCGUCGUUUUUCUUCCAGCUCUUUGCAGGAAGAUGGGAGUUCCUUAUGCUAUAAUCAAGGGCAAAGCUCGACUGGGCACUGUAGUCCACAAAAAGACUGCUGCAGUUCUCGCAUUCACUGAGGUUAGGUCCGAAGACAAAAGCGAGCUUUCAAAGUUGGUGCAAGCAAUUGGAUCCGGAUAUACAGAGAAGUAUGAAGACUCUCGGAGAAAGUGGGGAGGGCAUAUAUUGGGAGCUAAGGCUGUUGCUAAAGAAUUAAAGAAAAAGAAGGCGUUGGAGAGCGCAUUGAAGAUCUAA